ACCCUCGAUCUUAAUUUGACAACAAUCCAUGGCUACACAUUGCAAAUUUUAUGUAAUGCCAAUUCAAAUAGUCAGUUGUGAUCGAUUGAGUUGCUUUGUGCACAAAAUCCCCAAUUUUUUAAUUCACACCGGAUGUUCCGUUAUCUACAUUUUUCUCCGUUAUUAUCUUUUUAUCCAUCCUACAUUUGAAGGAAAAUAGCAUUUCGUAGCCAUGGCUUACUACUACUUAUACUCAACCAUACCCAAGAAACCUCUAACCUCAAUCUUCAUGUCCUCUCCCCAUAUCAUCUUCAACUUCUCUCUUCACAAAUUCGUUCCUUCUACAACUCCAUCACUUUUUCCCUCUCUUCACCUUCGCCACCGUUCUAGGUAUUGCACAUGGGUGUCAGCUGUUUCAUGUUCUGUAGCUGAGACAGAUGAACAACACCAUAUUGCAAGUACUGGACUUGUACACAAAGAAUAUGCCGACCUUAAUCUCUCUGACUUAUUUUGUGAGGAUAUUGGCAAUCUUCGGAUAAGGCCGCAUGUCAACCCUCUGCGACGUGCUCUCAUGAUUCCUGCAGAAGUACCGAACUGGAAGGAGGUGUUCGGGGAUGCAACAUUGCCUCUGAUGGUGGAUAUUGGGAGUGGUAGCGGGAGAUUUCUUAUGUGGCUUGCUAAAAGAAAUUCUUCAUCCAAGAAUUUUCUGGGAUUGGAAAUUCGGCCUAAGUUGGUCACACGGGCUGAGUACUGGGUAAACGAGCUGGGUCUGAAAAAUGUACAUUUCAUAUCUACAAAUGCCAUGGUUUCCUUCCAACGACUUGUAUCUACAUAUCCUGGACCACUUAUGCUAGUUUCAAUCUUGGUGAAUUCCCUUUUUAUGCUGGAAUGCCCAGACCCUCACUUUAAGAAAAAACAUCAUAAAAGAAGAGUGGUGCAGAAGCCUUUGGUUGAAUCCAUUACAAAUAAUUUAGCACACGGUGGACAGGUCUUUAUACAAUCAGAUGUGCUCGACGUGGCAGUUGACAUGAGGAAUUAUUUUGAUGAUUUGCCUGAUAAACUUGUGCAUAUAGAUAGUGUUGAUCCAAGUUUACCUUGUGAUAGUGAUGGAUGGGUAUUGAACAACCCAAUGGGGAUAAGGACUGAGAGGGAGAUCCAUGCAGAAUUUGAAGGUUGCAAAAUAUACAGAAGGGUUUACCAAAAAGUUCAACAUUAACUUUCUGGUUCAUAACUUGCUGUUUGGGAGUGUGGAUCACACAAUUUUGCUCUUAGUCUUCUCCAGGCAUUGUAGUUUCUAGGAUCUUUGAAGUGCCCUUGAACACAUCUAUUUUUGUUGUGGCUGUGGUUUCUUGAUGGCAUAAUGUGGCCCCUUCAAAAGGAGGGCAUGUAACUUACAUCUCAUAUGAACACUAGCUCUCUUUAUUUCAUUUUUCAGUCUGUAUUUGUAACAUGAAAUGUAUUGUUUUUAGUUGGUA